AUGAACAAAUUCAGGAACAAGCUCAAGGGCUCGGAUGGGCCGAGCACAUCCACCGAUGCGCUGAACAUUCUCAAUACGCCUGCGCCAGUGUCGCCCGGUCUGAAGAAGAGCGCCACGAGUCGAUGGAAGAAGAACAAGAAGCAGCCCGAAGCGAAACCAGAACUCAACAUCAUCGAAGCGCUACCAUCUCACGACAACUUCCGAACCAGUCUACUUAUGCCAAACUUAUCCGCACGUUUCAGCAUGCUGAGAGAGCAGGAUGACCCAAACUCGUUGCUUGGUAAGGCCAGCGAUGAUAGUGUGCUCCAGCCUCGGCGGCGAUCAAGAAUGGCAGAUUUCGGGUUUGGCUCGAACGGCUUGAACGACAUUGCUGAAGUGCAGUCUACUCGAAGUUCGAUCAAGCCAAGUUUCCAUUUCGGACGCCAAGACUCGUUCGAUACGCAAGGUUAUGGUAGCGAGGGUGACUCUAAUUCGGGAGGUGUGAUGGGCAGGGCACGGCCUGGUGAAGGAAAUGUCAUGUUUGGUGGUAGACAGAAGGUAUACAAGAUUGCAACUGGCAACCCGAGCUCUUCUGGACUCGGCAAGGCCGUAUACGAGGAUGAUAUCGGCAUGUCAGCUUUCCAGCGGUACAGGAAGGAGAGGGAAGCUGUGGAAGAUUGGCAGAUGGAAGACGAGCCGUCGUUUGACUUUGGGCUGGAUACCACGGAUGUGAGUGCUGGUGCGCAGGAGGAUACGCAAUCAAGGACGCCUAACGACUCCGCAAAAGAUCUGUCGCAUUCGCCAUCACUCUCUUCGUACGAUAAGAAGCGAUCGACUACCUCAUCCAUGGCACAUUCCGAGGCACGAUCGUCCACAGCAGCAACUUCUGUAGCAUCACAACAAGCACCAAGCACUUCUUCGCCGAUGGUGGCUGCUUCACAAGGCCCUUCGCCUGCAGUAAUCGCACCUUCACUGAAGCGUUCCGACACCAAGACUCGAAGACUUUACGAACAAGGCCUUGACCAACAUAUUCAGGAGCAACAGACUUCUGCCAUGACACGGCUCAACUCGCUACAUCGUCCGCGACCUCUCAACAAUGGUGUUCAGCCUCCUCCAUUCCUGUAUACCGCUAAAAGCGCAACAAAUCUGGGUGAGGUGAAGACGCCACAACAACUCUUUGCACUCCGCUCGAACAGCCCUCCACCAGCUAUGGCGCCACUGACGACCUUUGGAUCCCUUCGCAAAACGAGUUCGAAUACUGGCAGCCCGUUGACGAGUGGACCACAAUCGCCUGUCAGCCCACAGAUCAUGGAGUUUCCAGAACUUACGCAAGCCCUAGAGCCCGGUGACAGAGGUAAAGCGACUGCCAUGGGAGCCUUCAACAAGCCUAAGCAGUCUUUUGACGAGAAUCAAUACUUGGAGCGCCAACAGCAAUUACAGCGAUCACUUUCUAGGAAAAACUCCCGUAAAGCUCCUAGUGCUUCUGCAGAGCACCAAAGAGCUGCUCGCUUGGAGCAAGUGGAACGUGAGCGCAGUGUCUCGGGCUCUUCUGUGCAGCAGCGUGCCGGUAGGCUAGAACACGCGGACAGAAAUCGAAGCAACUCGAAUCUAUCCACGCGGUCACGAUCCAGAUCAGCAUCCAAGGGGCAUGAGCCAACAAAAGCGUACAACGUCUUCCAAAACGCGGCCAACUCUAUGGCUGUCAAGUCAGGAGCUGCUCCGCAGUACGACACCCAUCGCACGUUUUUCGGCAACAUUAGCGCAAGUGACAGUGAGGAGGAAGAGGAUGCUAUGCAGCAAGAUGUGUACCACCCUCAGCACAGCUUCGGAUAUGGCGAUCAUGGAAGCAAUAGGUGGCAGCCUGCGAGUCUCGCGCCGGUUUCUGAACAUCCUGCUUUCCGUGGCCAUGCGUCAAAGCCAAGUCUGGUGGAGGAAGAAGAAGACGAGGAUAUGGAGCCUUCCCUGAAACAAUCUCCAUCGUCGAGGACACUACAAGUCGACUCAGAAGACCCGCCACCAUCAACGAACACGGAAUUUGACUCGCCAACACUUGGGCCAAGCACAUCACAGCCUUUGAAUGGUAUGGUACAUCAUUUGCGACAAUCAAGCACCAACUCCUCGGUUUACCCGAUGGACGAUCCUCCGGAGAUGCCGAGUGGCUUUUGGAACUCAACUGGUUCAGGGCGAGAUGCGGUGCAAAGCACAAUCGAGACUGAGUCGCGGGUCGAGUCUACGUACACCAAUUCAAAUCCUUGGGACCUGGACGACUCGGAGGUUCGAUACAGCACGCUGGAUCCGCAUGAAGAAGGCCUUGUCAGUCCGAUCGAUAGUAUGCGCCAGGAAAGCCGCAUGGGCUCGAGAGCGCCCUCACGCAUGACCGCCCAGAUGGAUCGCCAGUCCAAAGUCUCCCAAGACUCAGAAAGUGUCGCCGGCCAGCCAUGGCAGCACGAGCUCCGCAAGCAGCAUACUCGAGAAGCAAGCACGGCCACCCAAGCCGAUCGAGAUGCCUUCGACAAUGAGCUUGCUGCACGCCGGAAUGCUGUCCAAGAGAACCUGAAGAGCAUUGUUGAGAACCAGAGCAGGGGCGCUAGUCCCGCCCCGAGCACGAAUGGUGCCUUCAAGGCCUUCGGCAUGUUGCGAUCGAAAUCUAGCAGAGAGUCGGUUGACAUGGGUCGAGGUGGUCCUUCUGCACCCACUAAGGCUAUGAAGAUGCUGGGUAUCGGUAGCAGUAAUGUCAACGCAAGCAACGCCACAUUGAACUCACAGUAUGAGCGCACUGGGUACAGCUUCGAUGCGACACGGCCAAGAGGUAAUUCUGGUAACAGAGGACCACCUAUGCCACCUCCUCAGCGGGCACCGCCGGGCUUGCCGUAUGGUGAGUGGGAUCAGCAGUCAAGGCCGAGAGCUGAAAGCAACAGCCGUGCGGCUGGUCAAUCGCCUGCUUCUACUCAGGCUAGUCGUGCUCGUAGUCGAUCAAACUCGGAGGCUACUACUGGUCGCUCGCGAAGCAGGACUGGACCAUAUCGUGACGAUCUGGAGAAAGCUAUGAUCGAAGGGACUGGCUCGAGUGCUGCCGGUGUACCUGAACUGUCACCAAUGAUCACAAGGGAACUCACACCACGGCCCUCGCCCGAUAUGGCCAGUAGUCCUUUCGACAGCCAAGGUCGAUCACGUAGCAACAGUCGUCCUUCGCCGGCAAUGACGAAUUAUUUCGAUGCUAAGAUGGACCCGCCGUCUAGUGUGCCGCCGACGCCACGUUUGGCAACCGGAGCUUCUCCUGCCACAUACACACCGACUGGUCUCAGUCCUGCCCCUACCACAUAUACACCGACCGGGUACUAUCCAAACCACAUUCGACCAUCUCCAGGCACGUUGCCAAUCGCGCAGAAUCCGACCCCUCCGAUCUCCGGCCACAACACACCGCAAGCCGCGAACUUUCCUACGACUAUCCAGCCACGACAUGGUAUGCUUCGGAAGCGGAACGUAUCCAAAUUCGAUAUCUCGGAGCCUACACUGAUCUCUGCUACGUCCAACGUAGACACGGUGGAUCUACCCGAAGGCGCCUCGCUGAAGAACGGCAUGGACAGCGCUCCGCCACUCCCACCCAUCAACCCCAAGCGUCGUGGCGCCCGCAAAAUCUUCGGUAUGGGUCGCAGUGACAUGAGUGACGACGCGCAGAAUUACGGCAAUUACGGUCGAUCGAAGACCCCGGACCUCUGGAUGAGCCGAUCGACGACCGAGCCGGACUUUGAGUCUGCUCGUAGUCCGCGUGGUUUCCAUCAUGCUAAACAGCAGAGACCUGGUCUCAUGCCCCAGCAUGGUUUCGAGAAUCAUAGCAGUCCUGCUAUCCCGCAAUACGGCGGUUUCACACCUGAUCCGACGUCGCCGGAACGAAGGGUUAGGUCGCCUGUUCCGCAGCAGCAUGCUACGAUGGAUGGCGGUAUGUUUUGA